AUUCCGGGGCGGGACACGGGCGGGCGGGUUGCCGGUGACGCAUCGCCGGAGUGGGUCCUCCCCGCCAGGUUUAUCUUGUGACCAGGGCGGCCGCUUCUCGCUUGUCCGCAUCUGGAUCCCGCAGAAGUGAGAUGCGCGCCCUGGCCGCCGCAGCCCUGCUCCUGGCGCUCGUCGCCUCGGCGCUGGCCGAGCCCCUGAAGUUCCACGACUGCGGUUCUACUGUUGGGACCAUAAAAGAAGUGAACGUGACUCCAUGUCCCAGCCUGCCCUGCAAACUCUCCAAAGGACAGUCAUACAGUGUCAAUGUCACCUUCACCAGUAAUACCCAGUCUCAAAACAGCACGGCCGUGGUGCACGGCAUUCUGAUGGCCGUCAGAGUUCCCUUUCCCAUUCCUGAACCCGACGGCUGUAAGAGUGGAAUCAGCUGCCCCAUCCAGAAAACCAAGACCUAUAGCUACCUGAAUAAACUGCCCGUGAAGAGUGAAUACCCCUCUAUAAAACUGUUGGUGGAAUGGCAACUUAAGGAUGACAGAGACCAAAGUUUCUUUUGCUGGCAAAUCCCAGUACAGAUCGAAAGCUAGGGCGACCUGAUGCCGGCGUGUCCGUCUGUGGGGUGAGGAAGCAUGGGUGGAGGAGGGAGGAGAAAUCAGAUCUAAACGAAUCAGUGCUGUAACCUCAAAGGAAUUUCUAGUUGUCUCCAGUUCUUGUCUCUCUCUUUUUUUUUUCCUUAUGUCAUAAUGAGGGCCUGACAAGAUAGGACCUGAAUGAGGCUGCUUGGUGAUGCAGGCUGGCUUGCUCUAUUUUUUUUUUUUUUUUUUUUUUGCUUAUUGGAUUUUGCAGUAUAGGAUAGGUCCCAGACUACACCCAUCCAACUGGAAUAUUACAUCUGCAAGUUCCCGCCUCUAAGUGCCUCACUGAGUACAGUGCAUCUGACCCACACACCUGAUGAUGUCACAGAGCCCCCAGCCCCCGAUAGCAACUUGUUCUUUAGCGGAAGGGAGGUGCCCCAUGACAGAACCUCAGCUCUGGAUGACUGGCUCUCUCUAUUUGUCUCAUAUCUUUUUUUUUUUCUGUCAGGAUUUUCAUUAAAUGUAACACUUGAUUAACAGAUGUUUAAAUUUUUUUUUUUUUUUAAAUAACAUUGUGACUGAUUUGUGCACUUUGGAAUGGCUGUUUGGAGAAAUAAAAGACUUGGCAGUCUUGUCUAAUG